UUUGUAAAGAACGCGAUAAGAUGAUUUAGACGGCUUUCACAGUGUCAAAAUUUUUGUCUUUUAAAUCGUUUUGCAACGAUCAGAACGAAUAAUGUAAAAGAAGAAAAGUGAAAAUCCUAGUGAAAAAAGUAAAAAAAUUACAUGCUCAGUAUCCAGAUCUGUAUAAAUGUGAUCUUUAUAAAUGUGCUUAGUUGCACUUAUAUUUUUUGCACUUAAAAUGAAACAGACAUAAAGGCUUGUCCUUUUUCGAAUUUCUUGCAUGAUCUAGUCUUCCUCUUUAUGUUAGAGAAAAAAAAAGAAAAGAUGAAUGAUAUUGAUGAAAGAUGCAAGAUGUGUUUGACUAAAAAGAACAGGCCUACAUAAUUAGACUUUAGAGAGAAAAGGAAGAAAGAUAUUGCAAAGAAUGCUUGUAUCAAUUAGCCUAUCCUUUUUUCUUAAAUAAAAUAUCAAGAAGUGACAGCUGUGUAUUAUUUCUUUCUGUAGACUAUGCGUUGUUAUUCACAUGCGAGCCCUUCUCUCUAGGCGACUCUAGGUUAUUUCGAAGUGGUUUACGAUCUUCAAGCAUAUAGCGACCAUGUCACCAGUGCGAGAAACAUUGCGCGAUUCCAGUGGCGAUUCAGGUUCAGAGUCUGAUAAUGCUUCUGCAUCAUCAAGAUCAAGUCGUAGUGGCAGCCGAGCGUCACAGGUUCCCGCACAAACAUUGGGUAAUGCUAGGAGCGAGCAUUCCGAGGAUGAAAACGGAGCGCCGGCCUCGCCUACAUCAAACGUUAGCGGCAGCCGUGCCUCGAGGUCUACCAGUCACAGUCCGGUCGGAUCGAAUAAGUUAGAUGGCAGCCGCAGGUCAGAAAGCCCAUCAUCUCCAGUUGGAACGGGUUCGAGACGUUCAAGUGUCGGUUCCAUCCAAAGCGAGAAGUCUGUGGAUUCUCGACGAUCCAGAAGCGAGAAAUCUGGUUCUCCGAGAUCAAGGAGUGGAAAAUCUGGUUCUCCACGAUCCAGGAGUGGUACACCAAAAUCGGUAGCUUCCAACAGCUCGGCGGACUCCCGAAAGUCUCCCCGAUCGCGUUCGCAAUCUCCGCAUGGAAAGUCUCCCCGAUCGCGUUCGCAAUCUCCGCACGGAAGUGUGCGCUCCUCUAGUCCGAAAUCACCCGUCAGCUCGAGAUCACAUUCAGAAGCUAGAUCAACAGAGAGAAAGUCCAAGACACCGGCCUCCCCUACUUCCAAUGCCUCCGAUUCACCAAAAAGUCGUAGAUCUCGAAGCGUAUCUUCUCAAAGAAGUAACAAAUCAGCAGGUUCCGCAAGUCCCGCGGAAAGACGCUCGAAUUCUUCUACGUCUUCGAGGAAGUUUGACGAAUCGACAGAGAGAGCAGGUUCUGAAAAAUCUGACAAGAGAUCAAGGUCCAAAAGUCCCAAAAACGAUAAGAGCGAUAAUGAAUCAAAUAGAUCCUUCAAACAGGCAGACAACGAUCAGAGUCCAAAAUCUGACGAAAGUGACGAGGAAGGGCGAUCGAAGCAUAAGCGGCAACACAGCGGUUCCGGUUCAGAUGUGGAGAAAACUGUAAAACGGUCAAAAGCAUUGAUAAAUUCAGAUUCUGAAAACGAGACAGCUGAUAAGGAAAAUAGCGUUGCACCAACCGCGGAUGCACUGUUCGGCGAUGCAAGUGAUAUUAGCACGGAUGAGGAAAAGGAUAAGAAGGAAGAAGAAAAAGAACGGAGUCGCAGUCGGAGCAAGAGUAGAAGUAAAAGUCGUAGUAGAAGCAAAAGUAAGAGCAGAAGUCGAAGUAGAAGUAGGAGUCAUAGCCGUGGCAGAUCCGAAAGCGGUGGAGAAGGUCCGAGUCAUCGAGUUGUUAUUGAAGACGAAGAGGAUAAAGAUAAGGAAGAAGAACCAGAGCCGCCUCCAGAAACUAGAAUUGAUGUGGAAAUUCCGAAAAUUACUACCGAUCUCGGACGCGAGAUUCACUUUGUGAAAUUACCAAAUUUUUUGUCUGUUGAGACAAGACCAUUUGAUCACGAAACCUACGAGGAUGAAAUCGAUGAGGAAGAAACUCUUGAUGAGGAAGGUCGUGCUCGAUUGAAACUUAAAGUUGAAAAUACGUUGAGGUGGAAGGAAUCUUUUAACGAUGAGGGCAAAAUGGUGAAGCAGAGUAAUGCGAGAUUCGUAAAAUGGUCGGACGGCAGCAUGUCGUUACAUCUGGGUUCAGAAAUUUUUGAUGUAUACAAACAGCCGUUACAAGGCGAUCACAACCAUCUUUAUAUUCGUCAAGGUACUGGUCUACAGGGUCAAGCAGUAUUUCGAACAAAGCUAACAUUCCGACCGCAUUCCACGGAAUCGUUCACGCACAGGAAGAUGACAAUGUCUCUGGCCGAUAGAUCGCAAAAGACUUCCGGUAUUAAAGUUCUUUCUCAAGUAGGAAUGAAUCCAGAUCAGAAUAGAUAUGAAAUGAUAAAGAAAGAGGAAGAAAAAUUACGUAUGGCUAUGCGAGUCCAGAACAAAACGAAGAAGAAUACUAGUGGUAUUAGGAAUACUAACCGUACUACUGGAGCAUACAGUGGAGAUACUUAUCAUGACGAUGGUUCCGAUGACGAGGGUGCCAUUUCUUUGGCAGCUAUAAAAAAUAAAUAUAAAAAGGGAGCUGCAGCGAUUCCUUCUAAAGCAGCAUCAAAUAUUUAUUCUUCAGACGAAGAAGGUUCAGACAUUGAAACACAUAGGCCUAAAAAGAAUAUUAAAGGGAAGGUACUUAAAGAUUCAGACGAAGAAUCCAAUUCCGAAAGUUCUGCAGGUAGCGGUGGAGACGACAAUCAGGCUGACGAUGCAAGUGAUUGAGAAUGUAUAUAUAAUUGAAAAUUUAGUAAAUAAAUUUUUUUUAUGACGUAAUAUAUGAUGUACGAUUAUGGCACAGAAUGCAAAUAGCGUUAAAUACAAUAUUUGAUUUAUACAGUGUAAAUAAAAUAAUAAACAUUUAAAAUAA